UGUGACCACAAACUCCACUUCCUCAAACUUGCGGCUCGUGGGUCCGUCCAGCCUCCGCACGCGCACUUUCACAACCCUCCCUCCGUCAACGCAGUAAACGAAACCGAGCCUCGCUCCAUCUGCUCGCGUGUUCGUGGAGCAGCGCCGGCUUUGGGGAUGGCAGGUCCGAGGGUCGGAGCCGGAGCGAGCGGACGCCGGCACGCGGCCGCGGUGCUCGCGCUGCUCGCGCUGCUGACGGCUCAGCUCACCUGCGGCGUCGGGCGCGUGGACGCGUCCAAGCAGAGCAACAUCGUCCUGAUCGUGGCCGACGACCAGGACGUGGUGCUGGGCGGGAUGACUCCCAUGAAGAACACCAAAGCGCUAAUAGGAGACGCGGGAGCCACGUUCGUGAACGCCUUCACGGUGACGCCGCUGUGCUGCCCGAGCAGGAGCAGCGUCCUCACGGGCCGGUACCCCCACAACCACGCGGUGAGGAACAACUCCCUGUCCGGGAACUGCUCCAGCCGCCUGUGGCAGACGGGGCCCGAGGCCGAGGCCCUGCCCGUGUACCUGAGCAAGCGGGGCUACCAGACCUUCUUCGCGGGGAAAUACCUGAACCAGUACGGGGCGAAGGACGCGGGGGGCGCGGGCCACGUCCCGCCCGGCUGGGACCAGUGGGUGGCGCUGGUGGGGAACUCCCAGUACUACAACUACACGCUGUCGGUGAACGGCAAAGAGGAGGAGCACGGCGGCAGCUACGAGCAGGACUACCUCACCGACCUCAUCACCAACCGCUCCCUCCGCUUCCUGGACCAGCGCAGUCCCCAGCAUCCCUUCUUCCUGAUGCUGUGCCCUCCGGCUCCACACUCCCCGUGGGCGGCGGCGCCCCAGUACCGGAGCCACUUCAGCAACGUGAAGGCGCCUCGCGACGGGAGCUUCGACAAGCCGGCGAAGGACAAGCACUGGCUGCUGCGUCGCGCCGCCAACCCCAUGUCCAACAGCUCCGUCAGCUUCCUGGACGACGCCUUCCGGAAAAGGUGGCGGACGCUCCUGUCCGUGGACGACAUGGUGGCGGCGCUGGUCCGGAAGCUCGACAGCCUGCAGGCGCUCAACGACACCUACGUCUUCUACACGUCCGACAACGGCUACCACACAGGCCAGUUCUCUCUGCCCAUCGAUAAGAGGCAGCUGUACGAGUUCGACAUCCGGGUGCCGCUCAUGGUCCGAGGUCCGGGCAUCGAACCCAAGCAGACGCUGCAGGCGCCCGUGCUGAACAUCGACCUGGCUCCGACCAUCCUCGACGUGUCCGGGCUGAACCUGUCGUCUGUGAAUGUGGACGGACAGUCCUUUCUCUCUCAGAUGGCCCCGUCGCUGCGUAACGGCACCACUCGGCCCUUUUUCCUGGUCGAAUACACGGGGGAGGGGAACCCGAAGGCGGACCCUGCUUGUCCUCAAGUGGGACCUGGACUCUCUCAAUGUUUCCCAGACUGCGUGUGCGAAGACGCCUUCAACAACACGUACGCCUGCGUCCGGACCCUCGACGGCGCCGCCAACCUGCAGUACUGCGAGUUUGCCGACACCGAGUCGUUCGUGGAGGUCUACAAUAUGACGGCAGACCCGCACCAGCUGGAGAACAUCCUGAAGAAGGUGGACCCGUCAGUGCUGCAAACCAUGAACCAGCGGCUCAUAAAGCUCCAGUCCUGUGUGGGCAACAGCUGCCGAGACAUAAAGUAGAGAAGCGGCCCGGCAGAACCGGCUCGUUGGAGAGGCCUUCAUUACGAGGAUGACCCGUUACAGGAGGAGAAGCACAAGGAUCCAACCCAGGUCACAACAGAACCAUCAGUGAGGCCAGAGGUUCUAUGUUACUGUGCUUCUCCCUCUGUGAUGCUUCACGUUGAUGAAGCCUUUGCUUUAUUUCUCAGUGUUUUUAAGGUGUGUCCUGCUGGUUCUGCCUUUAAACUGGACUAUUCUUUAAACUAGUGAAAUCUCUUCUAAUCACACAAACUGGCGAGGCCAGUCGCUGUGGCUGUUAUCUGAGCCAAAACACCCUGGAACCAGCUCCUCGUUGAGUCCAGGCAGCUGGUAAAUCAGCUUUUUGCCCGGUUUGUGUGAGAACGAUGAUGUGAAGUCGAACAGUGAGAUGGAAGUUUGAAGCUGCUCACAGAUGGAAUCAGGGUUUUUUUUGUUUCCAGUGUCUGAGCUUCAUCCACAGCACUGAUUCUUUAAUUUACCUCCAAGAUUUUCUAAAUCAUUAAAUUUAAUGAACUUUACUUUUGUUUCUGGAGCACUUUUCUUUAAACAGACCACAGUCGCAGCUUUUAGAUUUUUAAUCACAGGGUUUGUUUGGUUUUUUUAACAGUGGAGGGAAAGUGAUGUGAUUCUAUUAAGAUGUGUUUUGUAACUGUGGGGAACUUGAAUGAAAUGUUUUAAUGUGUUAAAUGCACUAAUAACAAUCUGUGCCUUUUUUAAAUGUGAACGUUUCUAUUUUGAUGCAAUAAAUCUACAUUUGGGCAUGUUAA